CUGAAAAGGAAGUUAUUUUGCAGUUUGUUGUUGCACGAUCUAAUCUAAUUUGAUAGCGGCAUUUUAUUGGCAUGUUUCCGCAAAAAUAUUUUUUUCUCAGAUUUAGAAGGCACUUCAAUUAAUAAUUUUCUAAAUUGUUAUCAGAAUUAACUAAAUAAUAGGAUUAUAAACAUUUGCACAAAAUGGAAAACGGAAGACGGUAUCCUGAUGUUUAUUUGAUGUCCAGGUUUCCAGAUUUGGAUAAAGAAUUGAGAAAUUUUCUCCCAAAAGAAGCAAAUCUUGUGAUUGUACCAAUAACAGAUAAGAGAAUCAAAUGGGAUAAAAGUAUUCAACUUUCAAAUGAAGAAAUUGAAACUGUGCAGAAAGCUGAAGUCCUUGUUAUUGAUAGUUCUCGUCUGGCUAAGAUACUUUAUCAGCUUCCUAACGCAAAGUGGGUUCAGGCUACUUGGGCUGGUGUGGAAAUGAUAUUUGAAGAAGUGGAAAAAUCAAAGCCGUUUCCGAACUUCAAACUCACGAGAUUUGGUGAUUCAUAUUUUGGUGAACUGAUGUCUAAUUAUGUUAUUGCCCAAAUAGUUAACACAGAAAGAGGAUUUUAUCUUUAUAGUCAUAAGCAGAAAACAAAUGAGUGGGCUCGACCCUUUUUUCCGAAUUUUCGAGUGCUAAGUGAUCUUACAAUAGGUGUACUUGGGUCUGGAAAUCUUGGUUCAGCAGUUGGCCGCAUGUUGAAAAGAAAUGGCUCACGUGUCAUCGCAUACGUUCGAACUGUUCGAAAUUCUUCUACAGACAGCUACGAUGAGGCAACUACAGAUUUAAACAGAGUACUCGAAGAAGUUGACUACUUGUGCAAUGUUCUGCCCAGUACUGAUGAAACAAGGGGCCUUUUAGAUGAUGAUGUGCUCAAAAACUGCAAAAAGAAGCCUGUAUUUAUAAACAUUGGAAGAGGUGAUAUAAUCAGUGAAAACAAUAUAAUAAAGGCCUUAAAAGAAGGAUGGAUAUCUAAAGCAGUUUUGGAUGUGUUUGAAACUGAACCACUCCCACCGUCUAGUCCACUGUGGCAAACACCAGAGGUUUAUAUUACUCCUCAUGUCGGAGCUAUUCCUAGAAUUGAUGGAAUUGCUAAAUUCAUAGCUCAAAACUAUAAAAGAUAUGUAAAUGGAGAGCCACUUAUGAAUCAUAUUGAAUGGAACAAAGGAUAUUAGCGAGAAAAAUACAAAAGCCUUUUCUGUUGUACAUUUCUGCGUUAAACUUAGCUGAAACUUUCCAAGAAUAAUGCUGCAUAUUCGCAUAUAUAUUUUAAGUAAAGAAUGAUGUUGUUAUUAGAUUGUAUUGCAUAAAUUACCUAAAUGUGUACAAACCGAUAUGAUAAUAUUUAUCACAGAUGAGAUUUGAUUUCAUGAUUUUACGGUUAACAAAUAAAGUUUUAUGUUCAAAUUAAAUGUAAGGUGAGCACAGUAUUCGAAAACAGAUUUUCAGAGAAAAAAUAAAUCAAUUUCUUACAGCGCAAGUAAAUACUGCCCGGAAUAUAAUUUGUCGUUCUGAUAUUUUGAAUCAACCCGAUUAAAUAAAAACUUCAGAAAAAAACGCAAUGCAAUAUUUAUUAUGCUGUACAGAAUAUGUACGCAAAUGUUUUAUUUAUUUAUUUAUUUAUUUAUUAUUGAAAGAAGUAAUUGAAACGAUGUUAAAUCCAUUCCAUUUUUAACUUCCCUUCUCAAAUAAAGAACGUGAAAUGAAA